AUGGCGUCUCGCAAGGAAGCAGCCGCCACCGGCGCCUCUGCCGCAGCCGCUAGUAAAGCGAAAGCCAAAGCAGCCCCUGGCGAUUCCGCCGUGAAGCAAGUCCAGAUUGACGGGCUGGUGGUUCUGAAGAUCAUCAAACAUUAUCAAGAAGAAGGCCAAGGAAAUGAAGUGGUCCAGGGUGUCCUGCUGGGGCUCGUGGUGGACGACAGGCUCGAGAUCACCAACUGCUUUCCAUUCCCUCAGCAUACGGAGGACGAUGCCGACUUCGAUGAAGUCCAGUAUCAGAUGGAGAUGAUGAGGAGCCUUCGCCACGUCAACAUCGACCACCUCCACGUCGGCUGGUACCAGUCCACCUACUACGGCUCGUUUGUCACCCGCGCCCUCCUGGACUCCCAGUUCAGCUACCAGCACGCCAUCGAGGAGUCUGUCGUUCUCAUUUACGAUCCGAUAAAAACUGCCCAAGGAUAUCUUUCACUCAAAGCGUACAGAUUGACACCUAAACUGAUGGACGUUUGCAAAGAGAAAGACUUCUCUCCCGAAGCGUUAAAAAAAGCGAACAUUGCCUUUGAAAGCAUGUUUGAGGAAGUCCCUGUCAUCAUCAAGAAUUCCUACCUGAUCAACGUUCUUCUUUGGGAGCUCCAAAAGAAGUCAGCGGUAGCAGACAGGCAUGAGUUGCUUAGCCUUGCAAGCAAUAAUCAUCUUGGGAAAAGCCUGCAGCUCUUGAUGGACCGAGUGGAUGAGAUGAGCCAGGAUAUCGUCAAAUACAACACCUAUCUGCGGAACUCCAGCAAACAGCAGCAGCAGAAACAUCAGUAUCAGCAGAGGCGUCAACAAGAGAACUUGCAGCGUCAAAGCAGAGGAGAGGCCCCUCUCCCUGAAGAGGACUUGACUAAAUUGUUCAAACCGCCCCAGCCUCCUCCCAGGAUGGAAUCGCUGUUGAUUGCAGGUCAAAUUAACACUUAUGCCCAGAACAUCAAGGAGUUUACUGCGCAGAACCUGGGCAAGCUCUUCAUGGCUCAGGCACUUCAGGAGCACAAUAACUAGAUGGGAAAUGAAGCGCUCGCCAUCUCCUGCCCAAGAUGGAGGGGCUCAGGAUCUCAGCUCGUU